AUGUACCAGGGUGCAGGCCCUGACCAAAAACAAGCACAGACGCUGCUGGCGCAGUUCCAAGAGCAUCCGGACGCGUGGCAACGCGUGCCGGUCAUCUUGCAGCAGUCCAGUCGGAACGAGACCAAGUACAUUGCAUUGCAGAUUCUGGACAAGCUGAUCAAUCUACGAUGGAAGACGCUCCCAGCAGAUCAACAGCAAGGUAUCCGGAACUUUAUCGUCGAGACGAUCAUUGCGCAGUCGAGUGACGAGGCGAAUCUACGCAAGCAAAAGACCUACAUCAACAAGCUAGACAUGACGCUCAUCCAGAUCCUCAAGCAAGAGUGGCCGCACAACUGGCCAAACUUCAUCUCGGAGAUCGUCGCGUCGUCCAAGACUUCGCUGCCGAUCUGUGAGAACAACAUGGCCAUCCUGCGCCUGCUGUCUGAGGAGAUCUUUGACUACUCGGCCGAGCAGAUGACGCAAGCAAAGACGAAAGCGUUGAAGAAUCAGAUGUGCUCCGAGUUCAGCGAGGUCUUCAAGCUCUGCUCCGAAGUGCUGGAGAAGGCGCAGAAGCCGAGCCUCAUUAAGGCGACGCUCGAGACGACGUUGCGCUUCUUGAACUGGAUCCCGCUCGGGUUCAUCUUCGAGACGACAAUCAUCGACCACCUGAUCGGGCGCUUCCUCGAAGUGCCUGACUUCCGCAAUGUCACGCUCAAGUGCCUCUCGGAGAUCGCGGCGCUCAACGUACCCGAGUACAAUACAAAGUUCGUCGUCCUGUUCAAGCUGGUCAUGUCGGCGGUGAACAGGAUGAUCCCGCCGAACACGAACAUCGCCGCAGCGUACGAGGAUAGCGCAGACGCGGAUCAGGAGCUGGUACUGAAUCUGGCGCUGUUCAUAUGCAACUUCCUCACUACGCAUCUGAAGCUGAUUGAGGUGGACGAGCACAAGGAGGUGCUGCUGAACGCGCACAGCUACCUUAUCAAGAUCUCGCAGGUGCCCGAGCGCGAGGUGUUCAAAAUCUGCUUGGAGUACUGGCAGAAGCUCGUCAGCGAGCUCUAUGACGAGCUGCAGUCGCUGCCGAUCACCGAGAUGAACCCGCUGCUCGGUCUGAACCUUGGCAACGGCUUUGGCGCGCACGGCCCGCACGCGUCUGCUGCCAUGGCCGGCGUGAACCUGCGCAAGAACCUCUAUGCCGAGAUCCUGUCCAACCUGCGACUCGUUAUGAUCGAGCGCAUGGUCAAGCCAGAGGAGGUGCUGAUCGUCGAGAACGACGAAGGCGAGAUCGUGCGCGAGUUCAUGAAGGAGAGUGACACGAUCGUGCUGUACAAGAGCAUGCGCGAGGUGCUCGUCUACCUCACCCACCUCGACACGGUCGACACGGAGAACAUCAUGACCGAGAAGCUUUCACGGCAGGUCGACGGGUCCGAGUGGGGCUGGUCCCAAUUGAACACUCUCUGCUGGGCCAUCGGCUCGAUUUCCGGCGCGAUGAGCGAGGAGACCGAGAAGCGAUUCCUCGUCACCGUCAUCAAGGACCUACUCGGCCUGUGCGAGAUGAAAAGGGGCAAGGACAACAAGGCUGUCGUCGCGUCCAACAUCAUGUACAUCGUCGGGCAGUAUCCUCGCUUCCUCAAGGCUCAUUGGAAGUUCCUCAAGACGGUCGUCAAUAAAAACUUCGAAUUCAUGCACGAGACACAUGAAGGUGUACAAGACAUGGCGUGCGACACAUUCCUGAAGAUCGCGCAAAAAUGCCGGCGCCAUUUCGUGAUGCAGCAGUCCGGCGAGCAGGAGCCGUUCGUGGACGAGAUUCUGCGGACGCUGCAUCGCAUCACUGUUGAUUUGUCGCCGCAGCAGGUGCACACCUUCUACGAGGCAGUAGGAUACAUGAUUGCAGCGCAGCCCAAUAAGCCAUCGCAGGAGCGCCUCAUCGCCAAACUGAUGGAGCUCCCGAAUUCGGCGUGGGAUAACAUCUUGCAGCAGGCGCACAACAACGUCGAUGUCUUCUCGAGCCCAGAGAACAUCAAGAUCUUGGCCAACGUGCUUAAGACGAAUGUUGCUGCCUGCACGUCCAUCGGGACAUUCUUCCUUCCGCAGAUGGGCAGGAUCUACCUGGACAUGCUCGCGUUGUACAAGAGUGUCAGCGGGAUCAUCAGCCAGAAGGUAAAUUCGGACGGGCAGAUCGCCACCAAGACGCCCAUGGUGCGCGGCUUGCGCACGAUUAAGAAGGAGAUCCUGCGACUCGUCGAGACGUAUGUCCGGCGCGCCGAGGACCUCGAAUACAUCAACCAGAACUUCAUCCCAUCGCUCUUAGACGCCAUACUCGGCGACUACCGCAACAACGUGCCGGCAGCACGUGAUGCGGAAGUGCUCAACGUCAUGGCGACUAUCACGACGCGCAUGGGCUCGCUGCUCAAUGAGCAGAUUCAGCCCACGCUCGACGCUGUCUUCGAGCCCACGCUGAGCAUGAUCAACCAAGACUUUUCCGAGUUCCCUGAGCAUCGCGUCGGCUUCUUCAAGCUGCUGCGCGCGAUUAACGCAAACUGCUUCCAGGCGCUACUCACGCUGCCGCCGGAAAAAUUCAGGCUGACGAUGGACAGCAUCAUCUGGGCGAUCAAGCAUACCAUGAGGGACAUCGCCGAUACGGGCUUGAACAUCUGCUUGGAGCUCAUCAACAACAUUACCGGGUCCGAGCCUCAGGUCGCAAACGGUUUCUUCCAGGCGUAUCUCUUGGCCAUCAUGCAAGACAUCUUCUUCGUGCUCACGGAUGCUGACCAUAAGAGUGGCUUCAAAACGCAAUGCUUGCUGUUGGCAAGAGUCUUUGAGCUGAUCGAGACGGAUCGCGUGCAAGCGCCGCUAUGGCCUGAGUCUGCUAACUCUCCAGACAUGAAUAACCGCCUUUUCAUCCGACAAUACACUAGCGAGCUCCUCCGUAACGCGUUCCCGAACAUUCAGCCUGCGUACAUUGAACAAUUCGUCACCGGGCUAUGCCAGCAUUCGAGCGACCUUGCCACGUACAAGGGACACGUACGAGACUUCCUCAUCACCUCUCGCGAGCAGUCGGGUCGCGCGUCGGACAAUGCGGAUCUGUUCCAAGAGGAUAAGGAGGCAAAGGCUGCGGCGGAGCGCGAACAGGCUGCUAAGAUUCCCGGAAUGCUCAAGCCAUCGCAAAUGAAAGACGAAGACGAGGAGCUGUGA